UGGUGAUCUCCUCUUAUGAGAAGGCACAGACAUUCAGAGAAACUGAGCAUGGCAGUUGUUUUGGAAUGAAGGAGUGCGUGGGAGCCCUCUACGAUUAUGAAGCUGAAAAUGUAGUCUGGAUAUCCUGCAAUAACAAAACCAGGGGACCACACAACCAUGGAUGUUCACCGAGCGUGCCUCUGACAUGAAAGCAAUGGCAUUUAGUAGAUUCCGUUGGAUCUGUACUUUGAUUGGACUCAUAUUCUCCGUGGUGGAUAUUGUAUCUGAUUUGUUGCUGAGCUUGCAGUAUUUUAGGGAAGGACAAUACACCUGGUUUGCUCUGACUCUAUCAUUUAUUCUCGUCGGAUCACUGUGCACUCAAAUUUUCAGCUACUCUUGGUUUAGAGAUGAUCAUGAAGGUGAGGCGGAGAACAAAAAAACGAGCACGACGCAUAUGGGCUUGCUCCAUCUGCUUCACAUGGGCUUCUUCACCAGAUAUUAUGACCUGCUGAAGAAGAGCUUUGGUUGCGUAUGGAGGGCACACUCCGGUAAUGAGCCGAGUAACGAGAUGAAGCUGUUUGGUUUGGCGGCUGAUCUGAGCAUGCUGAGGCUGAUGGAGACAUUUCUGGAGAGCGUUCCUCAGCUCCUUUUGCAGACAUUCAUCAUGCUGCAGCACCAACGCACCUCCAAACUACAGUAUCUUAGCAUGGUCGUGUCCUUCCUAAAUGUAGCCUGGUGCACCGUGGAUUACUGGCGCUGUCUACGCAGAUCGCUCCCCAACACUGAAGAAAUGCCACGUGGAAUUCCGACAGCCGUCUACCUGCUUUAUAAAAUCUUGACGAUCACAGCCCGCAUUCUGAGCCUCACUUUUUUAAUCAUGCUGACCCCCUGGAACAUCCUGGUGUUAGUGUUUAUCUGGGUAGUAACGACCGUGUGGGCUCACGUAGUAAAAACCAAUUUCUGCACGUCACUGUGUAUGGAGGAGCUUUAUCGCAGUAUUGUCGGGGUUGUUCUGGUUUUCACCUUUUUCAACAUAAAAGGAAAGAACACCAAAAAAGAGAUGAGCGUAUAUUACGUUAUGAGCAUGCUCCAUAACUUCUCAGCUCCUCUUUUACUCUUCUUGUUCCUACCCAGGACUGCAGAAUCAGACUUUUUUUUACCCGUUACUUUUUUCAUAUUAAUGUCUAACCUGAUGGGACUGGGAUUGCUGAUCGUCUACUACAAUACUUUACACCCGAGAAAUCAAGACGAAUCAGAUGCCGUGGAUGGAAUGGUCCCAGAGAACAUAAAUAAUUCCUCCACUACAGGUCGUUUAGACCGUUUUAUAACACUGUAAAAAAAAUUAGGAUGUCUAUAAAGUCCAGGGAAACUACAUCUGUGAAUAGGUUGACGUUUGUCUUGUAUGCAAAGACUGAAUAUUGUCCAGACUUCCUAUCAUGUACAAACCAGAAGUACUCUUUCAAUGUAAACAACCUAAAUUCCUCUCACAGAUCUUAUAAUAUGCUUGAGUCUAUUUAGCAAAGCUAAUCAAGUAAAUACUAGACCAAAGCUAGCAGGUGAAAACUCUGUCAGCUUUGAAGGCAGUAAAAUCAAAGGCAGGAGACAAAUGUAAAAUAGUAACCAAAGCUAAUCCUCUGAGUGGAUGCUAACCUCUUGAAUGCUGAUGCAUUGUAGAGUGUAAGUUUGAGUGGGUUUAAAGACCAGUAUCUGUAGGGAGCUAUAAAAAAAACACACUUUAACCUGUAACACAUAACCUACUGAUAAAAAAGUACGUUAUUAUACAGCAAAAUGAAGUUUACCACUGUGUUCUCUGUGCCAGUAUGUGACAUAAACUGUUCUUUUUAUGUCAUUUUUUAAAAAAUAAAUGUUAAAUGCAGUAUAAAUAGAAAAAAAUAAUAUCCUGCCUUUAGUUCCUGACUAUACAGCCAGCAGACAAGAACCUAAACCCUAAACCUAUUCCUUUUCUAUUUGUGGAAACUGAUGACAGUGUAGCACCGGUAGAAGAUUCAACUUUUAGGACUAUUGAAGGAUUAUUUAUGAAAGCAACACUAAAGCACUUUACUUAAAGCUAAACCUUAUCAUGAAUACACAUUUAUUGGUCUAUGUAGGUUGUGUUCAUUCAUUUUUUUGUAUUUAAAAUGAAAAACAAAUAAUAAAGAAAAUUUAUUUAAUUUUUUUCGGUUUAAAUGUAAAAUAUUUAAAACACGCCUCAUCUGUAGUUUCGUGACAUCAUAUUUUUUUACUUUGAGAUUUGUGGUACAACCCAAAAGCCAACCAUCAGCGUAGAAUCCAUCAAUUGCUUCACCUUAAUGUUCUGCUUUCGCACAGAGAAAUUAUGAAUCACUACUUGCCUUUCAACAGCAACAAGAGACUGACAGAAAAUAUGAGUCCUACACAUGUUCUCUUCUUACAAUGCAAUGCCGUGAAAUAUCUUCAUACACUCAUUAUGGAACUUAUUGUUUGCGUGCUCAGCAACAAUAACACAGUUUUCACUUAUUUUCUGCUUUCAGCAUAAAAUCAAAAGCAGUAAAGGCACCAUGAAUCACAUUUUGUUUUUCAAAAACCAAAUGAAUGCAAGGUACACUGACUUUUUAGCUGUUAUUGCUGUAUUGCUAUACAGCUGCAUAACUGUAAAUGAAAACAGAAAUAAAAAUAUCUUUAACUGAAA